UUUGGAAACUUCACCCCCCUCCUCUCAAAAUCUCUUUUCCCAGAGGCCACACCGAAAGAUGAUUCUUUCUUCCUUUAAACAUUUUCUAUUCCAACUUGAUCUCCAUCAAUUUGUACAAGCUUAACACCAAUCUCAAUAGCCUAAAAAAUUAAUUAGUUUAGUUCAUUGGCAUUAUUAGGUGAAAAUUAGUCCAACUAUUUUACAUAGUUGUAAGGUUUUUUACCCCCCAAGUCCAACUCCCACCCCAAUUUCCUCUGCGGCUGCUAAAGAGCUAAAGACAAUGAUCCUUCAUUUGUCAGCACGCUGUUUGCCUUUCCAAAUGCUUUUUCAUCUGUUCAAAGUCCACCCGCAGAUCAUGCAUCCAGUAACCUGCCUUUUGACAGUCCCUCUUGCCAGAAUGGAGCUGAACGGCAUUGAAUCAAUUUCCUUGCAAUGCUCUCUUGGGUCUCUUCCCUUUUUAUCAAUCAAUCGAUGGAAAGUUGGAAACCACUCAAGUCCACCAAUUACAACAUCUUGUCAUUGUAAAGUCAUUGGGUAUAACUUGGGUGUUUUGUGGUACAUCCGUGCACACUUGCAUUGUAUUGUAUUCUUACGUUCCAAUUAUGAGAAUCCUUGCUUCCUACUUGUUAAAUUAAAAUGAGAGAGUUUUUCAUUUGGAUCACUGUAUUACAAUAAUUAGCUUAUACAGUUAUACCCGCACUUCAGAUGCUCGUUUGGAAUUCAGAUGAUUGCUCGGAUAGUGUUUGAGAUUAUGAUUCACUGAAUUUUAACAUCCUUUUCUGGGAUAGAAGGCACAUAACAUAAAAAUAAACAAUCAAAGGGUAAUUAUUUUCUACCUGCUACAAGGGAGUGAAGAUGGAUGCAGCUCUGGCUAUGGACGAUAUGGCAAUGAGGAACUGCAGUAGAAGGAACUUGACUUCUGUAAGUCUUAUGGAGAUGUUUGCUGCAUCAGGAAGAGGCGUAUUCCAGAGAACUGAUGGGGAGAAUGAUAAUGAGGAAGACUUGAGGUUGGCUGCUAUCGAGAGACUUCCUACAUAUGAUCGAUUGAGGAAAGGGAUCCUGAAGCGAACACUGGAUGAUGGAAGAGUUGUGCAUCAAGAAGUUGAUGUUCAAAAUCUUGGGAUGCAUGACAAGAAGCUACUCUUGGAAAGUAUUUUGAAAGUUGUGGAAGAGGACAAUGAGAGGUUCCUUAGAAGACUCAGAGAUAGGAUUGAUAGGGUAGGAAUUGAUAUUCCGAAAAUCGAAGUGCGAUAUCAGGAUCUAUCCAUUGAAGGAGAUGCAUAUGCUGGAUCUCGGGCAUUGCCUACUUUGUUUAAUGCCACCAUAAAUGUGAUAGAGAGUUUUCUAGAAAAGAUAAGAGUUUUUCCAUCCAAGAAAAGGGUAAUCAAGAUACUCUACGAUGUGAAUGGAAUUAUAAAACCUUCAAGGAUGACACUACUUCUUGGGCCUCCUGGAUCUGGGAGAACAACAUUCUUGAAAGUACUAGCUGGAGUGUUGGACAAGGAUCUCAGGGUUGAGGGUAAGAUCACUUAUUGCGGUCAUGAGAUGUCAGAAAUAAUUCCUCAACGUACCUGUGCUUAUAUCAGCCAGCACGACCUCCACCAUGGAGAGAUGACAGUGAGAGAGACAUUCGACUUUGCCGUACGUGCUCUAGGUGUUGGAACUAGAUACAAACUUCUCACAGAAUUGUCAAGACGAGAAACUGAUGCGGGAAUUAAGCCUGAUCCCGAGAUAGAUGCAUUUAUGAAAGCCACUGCUAUAGCAGGCCAAGGAUCCAGUUUGGUCACAGACUACGUGCUCAAGAUACUUGGUUUGGAGGUAUGUGCUGAUAUAGUGGUGGGUAAUGAGAUGAUGAGGGGCAUAUCAGGGGGACAGAAGAAACGUGUUACCACAGGAGAAAUGCUGGUUGGUCCUGCAAAAGUUUUUUUCAUGGAUGAAAUAUCUACAGGUCUUGACAGCUCCACCACAUUCCAAAUUGUCAAAUACAUGAGGCAAAUGGUCCAUAUAAUGGAUGUGACGAUGAUAAUAUCGCUUCUCCAACCCACACCAGAAACAUUUGAGCUUUUUGAUGACAUCAUUUUGCUUUCAGAGGGACAAAUUGUCUACCAUGGUCCACGUGACAAUGUUUUAGACUUUUUUGAGAGUGUGGGAUUUAAAUGUCCAGAAAGGAAAGGAGUUGCUAACUUUCUACAAGAAGUAACAUCUCUCAAGGACCAAGAACAGUAUUGGUUUAGAAAAAACGAACCUUAUCAAUAUAUUUCAGUCACUGAAUUUGCAGACCGAUUUAGGAACUUUCAUGUUGGGCACAAACUAUAUGAUGAGCUCUCAGUUCCUUAUGACAAGAGUAGAACCCAUCCUGCAGCACUAGAAACUAAGAAUUAUGGUAUUUCCAAUAUGGAACUCUUCAAGGCAUGCUUAUCUAGGGAAUGGCUGCUGAUGAGGCGCAACUCUCUCCUGUACAUAUUCAAGACAUUCCAGAUUACUAUAAUGUCAAUAAUUGCUUUUACAGUGUUCUUUAGGACAAAGAUGAAAUCUGGGACAGUUGGAAAUGGAGGAAAGUUUUAUGGAGCUCUGUUUUUUAGUCUCCUCAACGUGAUGUUUAAUGGUACAGCAGAGCUUGCACUGACCAUGUUCAGGCUUCCUGUUUUCUUCAAACAGAGGGAUUCUUUAUUUUUUCCUGCUUGGGCUUUUGCACUCCCAAUUUGGCUAAUGCGAAUGCCCCUCUCAUUUAUGGAAUCAUUCAUAUGGGUUAUUCUUACUUACUACACCAUUGGCUUUGCUCCUGCUACUAGUAGGGUAUUUCGCCAAUUCCUGGCCUUCUUCUCCUUACAUCAGAUGGCUUUGUCCCUUUUCCGUCUUAUGGUGGCACUUGGAAGAAUAGAAGUGGUAGCAACCACUUUUGUUACUUUCACUUUGCUGGUAGUAUUUGUGCUUGGUGGUUUUAUUGUUGCUAAAGAUGACCUGGAACCAUGGAUGAAGUGGGGAUAUUACAUGUCUCCUAUGUCUUAUGGCCAGAACGCGAUAGCCAUCAAUGAAUUUCUUGAUAAAAGAUGGAGCUCUGUAAGGUUUUAUAAUAGUUUGUGAAAAUUAGUUAUUCUUCUCAUUUCAGAACCGAUUUUCCCAUCAUUUAUCAGUUUAACAUGCGCUAUUCUUGUGGGGUUUUCCAGCCCAUUAAUGAUUCAAGGUUCCAUGAGCAUACGGUAGGCAAGCUGCUUCUUAAGUCAAGGGGAAUGUAUUUAGAUGACUACAUGUAUUGGAUAUGCAUCAUAGCCCUCUUAGGCUUCUCAGUUCUCUUCAAUGUUUGCUUUGUCAUUGCACUAACAUACUUGAACCGUAUGAUACUAUAUCUUUUUCUUAUGUGGCAGUACCACCCUUCUAAAAAUGAGUAAUGUUUCACCAAGAUAUAUUUUUCGGAAGUUGUAACGCUUAAAAGUGAUUAGACUUAAUUAUAUUUUUUAAAUUUAUUUGUUGGUUUAACAAUAUUUAUGGUAAUCAUUUUUUUAUAAAAUACGGAGUAAUAACUAAAAUUACCCUUUUUGGAAUAGAAGUAAACACACUGAUUUAGAUGUUUUCUUCUCAAACACAGCUAUUGGAGGCUCCAAAUCUAUUAUUUUGGAUGAUGAAGACAGUAAUAAUAAGACAAAAGGCCAAUCAAACCCCUUUGGUGAAGCAGCAGCAUACCAGGCUUCAACAUCUACACCUCCAACCUCUGAAGUGAUUGCAGUAAGGCAUUCUAAACAAAGCUCUAGGGUGGAACAAAAUGCAGGGAAGAUGAAGGGGAUGGUGCUUCCUUUCCAACCGCUGUCUCUUGCAUUCAACCAUAUCAAUUACUAUGUUGAUAUGCCAGCUGAAAUGCAAAAACAAGGAAUCCAAGAGAGACGACUGCAAUUGUUGAGAGAUGUUAGUGGAUCUUUCAGGCCAGGAGUUCUAACAGCAUUGGUUGGUGUGAGUGGAGCUGGGAAGACUACUUUGAUGGAUGUCUUAGCAGGAAGAAAAACAGGUGGAUAUAUCGAGGGAUACAUCAGCAUUUCGGGUUUCCCCAAGAAUCAAUCAACUUUUGCUCGAAUAAGCGGUUAUUGUGAACAGAAUGAUAUCCAUUCUCCACAUGUUACCGUAUAUGAAUCUCUUAUGUAUUCUUCCUGGUUGCGUCUUUCUCCAGAUGUGAACAAGCAAAAAAGAAAGAUGUUCAUUGAGGAAGUGAUAGAGCUGGUUGAGUUGAACCCCUUGAGAAAUUCUCUAGUUGGGCUCCCUGGUGUGGAUGGUCUCUCAACAGAGCAGAGGAAAAGGUUGACAAUAGCCGUGGAACUUGUUGCUAACCCAUCAAUCAUCUUCAUGGAUGAACCCACAUCAGGUCUGGAUGCUAGAGCUGCUGCCAUUGUAAUGCGGACCGUGCGAAACACUGUGGAUACGGGACGGACCGUUGUGUGUACAAUUCACCAACCCAGCAUAGAUAUCUUUGAAGCAUUUGAUGAGUUAUUGCUGAUGAAGAGGGGAGGGCAAGUCAUCUAUGCUGGGUCUCUAGGUCAUCACUCUCGCUCGCUGAUACAAUAUUUUGAAGCUGUACUUGGGGUUCCUAAGAUAAAAGAGGGAUAUAAUCCAGCUACCUGGAUGCUGGAGAUCAGUGCUCCUGAAGUUGAGGCUCAACUUGAUUUGGACUUUGCAAACAUUUAUGCGGAUUCUGAUCUCUAUCGGAGGAAUGAAGAACUCAUUGAACAGUUGAGCACUCCUGUGCCAGGUUCCCAGGACCUACACUUCCCCACAAAAUAUGCCCAACCCUUCUUUACUCAGUGCCAUACAUGCUUUUGGAAAAUGCACCUGUCAUACUGGAGACAUCCACAGUACAAUGCCAUACGUUUUUUCAUGGCAGUAAUAACAGGAAUUGUAUUUGGAGUCAUUUUCUGGGAAAAAGGGACUAAAGUGUCCAAACAGCAAGACCUCACAAACCUUGUGGGAGCUAUGUAUGCUGUUGUUAUGUUUCUUGGUUCAUCAAAUACUUCGGCUGUGUUGUCUGUCAUAUCAGUAGAAAGGACGGUCUUCUAUCGAGAAAAAGCAGCUGGGAUGUAUUCUGCGCUGCCUUAUGCCUUUGCGCAGGUGGCGAUUGAGGCUAUCUACAUUGCAAUCCAAACGUUUAUCUACAGCCUUAUACUCUACUCGAUGAUUGGAUUCCCUUGGGAAGCACACCGCUUCUUUUGGUUUUACUAUUACGUCUGCAUGUGCUUCUUAUACUUCACAAUGUACGGGAUGAUGCUCGUUGCACUCACUCCAAACUACCAGAUUGCUGCCAUUGUCAUGUCAUUCUUCCUCAACAUUUGGAAUCUCUUUUCAGGAUUUCUCAUUCCAAGAACGCAAAUCCCAAUAUGGUGGAGGUGGUACUACUGGGGCUGCCCCGUCGCCUGGACGUUAUAUGGCCUCGUAACGUCUCAAGUUGGAGACAAAACUGAUAUGGUGGAGAUUCCCGGGGGUGUUGAUAUGAGCGUCAAGGAUUAUCUCAAAGAAAACUUGGGCUAUGACUAUGACUUCCUUGGAGCUGUUGCUGCGGCUCAUGUUGGCUGGGCACUUUUCUUCUGCUUUGUGUUUGCUUAUGGAAUCAAGUUCCUUAAUUUCCAAAAGAGAUAAAAGUGAAGAUGAAAAAACCUGAAAUGUGGCUUGGCUACCAUUAGUCAGGGUUUACUUUUCUCAAGUAGGGUGGAUUUUUAUAAGAGGGAGUAGUUAUAAUGUUUUGCAGAGAUGUUUUUAUAUGUCCCUACAAAAUCCAUGUAUUUUUUGAGUUUUUCAUGGAAUAUUAUUAAUAAACACCCAUUCACAAAAA